UCAUUAACGAAACUAAAUUGCAAUUUACUACCACUUUCAUGGGGACCUCUUUCUUGUUUCCUAUUUUGAUUACAUUAAUCAUCUUCUUCACCCUCACCUCAUCUGCAACUCUAACCACUGAUCAAGAUGCUCUUCUUGCAUUCAAAAAGGCGACCAUAGACACAAAUGGUGUCUUGAGCAACAACUGGCUCACCAACACUUCCAUAUGUGAUUGGGCCGGGGUCUCGUGUGGCCUCAAACACCACAGGGUCACAGCCCUCAACCUCUCCAACUCCGCCCUCCACGGGAAUCUCUCCCCAUAUCUUGGAAACCUAACGUUUCUCCAGUCCUUGGACAUCAGCUCCAACAACUUCGCAGGUGUCUUACCAACUGAGCUGUCUAAACUACACCGUCUGAAGCAUGUAAACGUGGCGUCUAACAACUUCAGUGGAGAAAUACCAAGAGGUAUCCUUACAAACAUGUCUGCAUUGGAAGAAAUUAAUCUGAGAUUUAACAAGCUAUCAGGCGAGCUCCCAAGUGAUAUAUGCAACAAUACUCCGAAAUUGAAUAGGUUUUAUCUCAGAGAGAAUCAAAUCUAUGGAAAAAUUCCAACGAGUAUAUAUAAGUGCAGCGAAAUGGAGGAGUUGAGCUUGUCAGAAAACCAAUUCAAUGGCAACAUACCUACUGAAAUUGGGAAUUUGAGCAUGCUUACUCUAUUAUCUAUAUAUGACAACCAUCUCCAAGGAAAUAUUCCGUCUUCUAUCUUCAACACAUCGUCGUUGCAAUACAUAUACCUCGAUGACAAUAAUCUGUCUGGAAGAAUACCCACGAAUUUGGACAAUUUACUCAACCUCAUAGAGUUGUUUCUUAACACCAACAAACUAACAGGUGGCAUACCGAAGGAGAUUGGCCAUCUUACUUCCUUGAAUACUAUGGCCCUUUCUGGAAACAACUUAACAGGUCAAAUACCAAGCCAAAUCGGGAACAUAUCUUCACUAGUAGAUCUUGAUUUUGCUUCGAAUAAGCUGGCGGGCCAGUUACCGGAAGAGCUUGGCAAUCUAGCAAACAUCGAGUUCUUAGCAGCAUCGUUCAACGAUUUGUUGUCCGGUCCCAUCCCCUCUUCCAUAUUCAACUUAUCAAAUUUGAAGACACUUUCUCUUCAACAAAAUCAGUUUUCUGGUAGUCUUCCUUCAGACAUGGGGAUCUCACUUGUCAAUCUCGAAGAAGUUUAUUUAUUCUUUAACAGACUCAAUGGUGAAAUUCCGACCUCCAUCACCAAUGCUUCUAAACUUACUGUUAUAGAAUUGAACAGAAACUCAUUCACUGGUCCCGUUCCCAAUUUUGGUGAUCUAAGACAGCUGAAAUCCCUUCGCCUUUGGGAAAAUAAUCUAACUGGAGCAGACUCUCCGAAUCAAGAACUCGGAUUUCUCUCUUCAUUAGCAAACUGCCUAAACUUGACAAACUUUGAAAUUAACGACAACCCGAUGAUGAAUGGUAUCCUUCCACCUUCCAUAGGGAACUUGUCUACUUCUCUUGUCAACUUUGCAGCAUCUAACUGCAGCAUCAGAGGUAUUAUUCCUCCUGAAAUUGGAAAUUUGAGGAGUUUGAAGGUUUUGGAUUUAUCCAAGAAUCAACUCACUGGUACCAUCCCAACAACAAUGGGAAAACUAAAUCUACUUGGAAAGUUACAUCUUUAUGAUAACCAGCUACAAGGAUAUAUCCCUCAUCAGCUUUGCCAAAACAUUGCUUUGGUGGAGUUAGAGUUGAGUGGUAAUAUACUAACAGGUUCAAUACCUGAAUGUUUGGGAGGUAUUAAAUCACUCCAAAGAGUUUCUUUUGCAUCAAACAAGCUGAAUUCCACACUCCCUUUCAACUUCUUAAAUCUUCCAAAGCUCAUAGAUCUCAACUUGUCUUCAAACAGUUUGAAUGGUCAAAUUCCUGAUCAAUUCACAAGUUUGACUGCUCUCACCUAUCUUGACUUGUCUUCUAACAAGUUUUCAGGAAACAUUCCAAACACAAUUGUUAGUUGCCAAUCUCUUGAGGUCUUGUUUUUGUCGAAUAAUAUGUUGAAUGGAUCUAUCCCCGAUUCUUUGGAGAAGGUUAGAGGCUUGACGAAUCUGAGUCUAUCAAGUAAUAAUCUCUCCGGUUCGAUACCCGCCUCUCUAGAAAAUCUCAAACUCCAAUAUUUCAAUGUUUCGCGCAACAAUUUGCAAGGGAAGAUUCCAGAAGGGGGUUGCUUUGCCAACUUCUCUGCUGACUCUUUUACUCAAAACCCUAAUCUAUGCGGCGCCAGAAGAUUCCAAGUGCCACCUUGUGGGAGUGGAAGGUCAAGAUUGGAAACAACUGCAAUGAUAUUGAAAUAUGUUGUGCCUCCCUUCAUUGGAGCUUUGAUUUUGGUAUUGAUCAUAGUUUUCCUCAUAAAGAGACGCAGACGGAAAAAUGUGCCAGCUCCUGACUUCUCGUCAGUGGGAGCUUCGUGGAAGAUCAUCUCAGAGAGGGAACUCACGCAGGGGACGAGUUCGUUUAGUGAGAUGAACCUACUCGGAAAAGGGAGCUUUGGUUCAGUAUUCAAAGCAGUGCUUGCGGAUGACACAACUGUAGCAGUGAAAGUGUUCAACUUGGAAUUGGAAGGAGCGCUCAAGAGCUUCGACACAGAGAGUCAGAUACUUGGCAGUAUUCGCCACAGGAACUUGAUCAAGAUACUUGGUUGUUGCAGCAAUAAGCAGUUCAAGGCCUUGAUUCUUGCGUACAUGCCUAAUGGGAGUCUGGAGAAAUGGCUGCAUUCCGACGUGUAUGUUUUGGAUUUGGUGAAAAGGUUGAACAUAGCCAUAGACGUCGCGUUGGCCUUGGAGUAUCUUCAUCACAAUCACACUUUUACGGUUGUUCAUUGUGAUAUAAAGCCGAACAAUGUGUUGCUUGAUGAAGAUAUGACUGCGCAUGUUGGUGAUUUUAGCAUUUCGAAACUUUUUAAGGAUCGGGAAGCUGUGAUUCAUACUAUUACUAUGGCAACUAUCGGUUAUGCAGCACCAGAGUAUGGAUCAGAAGGAAAAGUAUCCACACACGGGGAUGUAUAUAGUUUUGGGAUACUGUUGUUGGAGAUUUUUACGAGUAAGAGACCAACAGAUGAUAUGUUUAGAGGAGAAAUGGGCAUAAAGGAGUGGGUAGGCAAAGCGUUACAAGAAGAUGGGAUAAGUGAAGUUGUGGCUCCCGGUUUGCUAUCAAGAUCAGAUCGGCAUUUUCCUGUGAACGAGCAAUGUGUGUCGUCUAUUUUUGAUUUGGCGAUGAAAUGUUUGGCCUUUUCGCCUGAGCAAAGGAUCAACAUGAUGCAAGUAGCAGCUGCAUUACAGAAGUUCAGGGCUAGAGUAGAAGCAGCCAAGAAGAAGCAAAGCAGAUCUUGAAUAUGUAAAAUACUUAUAAUACAUAUCAUAUGUAAGCACCAUUCUCGUUUACAAUUUCAGAAUUUACUAUAUAAUAUGUUUUCCUACUUGGUUUGAAUUUGAUGAUCAGAUGAUGAACGCAAAAUAUUUAAACU